AUGCCGCUAAGGGUCAUCACAGAAGAGAAGCCGCCGCGAACUCGUGAUAUUGAGACUCUUGAGCUCAACUAUUUGAGUCUCAAUGAACGUCCCUCUGCAUCACGUGAUCUCGCUCAGUUCGUCUGUAAGAUGACUCAUCUGGAGAAGCUGUCACUCGGCAGUCAGUUUCACGAUGACUUCUACUCAACAUCUUGUACCACGAGCCCCAACCUGACUGAGCUGACAGUGGAUACUAGCACACUAGAAGUAUGGCAGGAUUGUGGUUCGAUGUUUGAUAGUGUGAAAAGGGUCACUAUAGAGGCAGAGAGAACGAUCAACUGUGACGUCAUCCAGAGGAUCCAUCUACCAGGAGCAACAGAACUCACCAUUCAAACACAUGAGUAUGGUCGUCGACCGGCUGGUUUCCACGAGGAGCCCACUUCAAUACUCAAUGCCCUUCUGAAUAUCUCCCCUCAGCUUGUCAAGGUGACAUUCAGGGAUCUUGGCAUUGGCAACAGUAAGAUGGAACUGAUUUUACAAGCUUUCAGUUCACCACACAACCUCAAACAUCUGAAGAUUAUCAGAUUCAUACGAUGCGGGUCAGAUGAGGCCGUGGAUGAUGUCAUAAUUGCUUGCAAUAAAGAUCAGGUCAUGGAGGUGGAGGUGGAGCAUGGAAAACCGCGUCGUCUUUUAUUUGAUUAAUCGUAGAGAUGGCACCACACUCGAUCUGACGAAUCAGACGGAGCAGACAAUCUUUGCACACAAACAGGAAAUAUGGGCUGAAAUGAAAAGUGCCUCAAUCAUCAUCCCUUUUCUUUUACCAUUGUCAUGCAAUCGAUUUCAGUAUUCAUCCACUGAAUCACGUUGACAUUCAUAUGAUUUAUACGGAUGUGUAUGCUUUACAUCGGUAUUGCAGCUCUUGUGAUUGUGAUUUUGAAUUCCCUUCAUAAUGUUACUCUUACUGUUCUUGCAUUUAAUAUACUUUAAAGGGUGUUAAGUGGAUUUACACGCUGAAAAUCUCAAACCUUGUGAAAGGGCCAAAAUGUUGUAAAAUAUCAUGAUUGAAAUUUUAUUAAAUGUACGAUGGAAAAAUAUUCAUUAUUAGAAAAGUAAAUAAGUAAUAAUUCUAUUCGAAUUUGAAUUGUGCAACUAGCAGUGCUUUACACACCACAUUUGCUAUGUAGAGAAUGUACACGAUAUUGUAUGUUCCUAGAGUAUAUAAUAAUAACAAUAAUAAUAAUAA